AUGCCGGUGUCGACUAGGUCUCACAUGAAUGUGAUUCAAGAUCGGAAUGAGGAAGAGAACACCUAUUUGCAGAAUCAUCAGCAAUUGAGGAAUCCACAUCACGGUCUGAAAGAAAAGAUGAAAGCUUUGACCCAGUUGUACGAACAGCAAAAACAAUCAUCAAUUGCUUUCAGAAACCCUUCUCCUAAACCAGACGCAAAUUUAUUUUCAACACAUCCAAGUGUGGAUCUUCUAGCCGGAGCUGGAUCUUGCAGAAAAGAAUCAGAAAUUCAGAAGAAAUCACGAACAGGAGAGACUCAUGUGAUGAGGGAGAAUUCUAUGCCUAUUUCUUCUACAUUCACCAAGACUUACGUCUUACCACAGCCACCAUCUUCCAUGGACGAGGAUGCCAAGGAGAACAUAGCUGUGGCCGUUGGUGGUGGUGGUGGUGGUGGCGGCGGUGGUAAUGGUGAGAAGAUUGUUGGAUUUACCUGCCCCCCAAGAAGAGGGACGAUGUCUACAACAGUGGCAAGAAAGUUAUCCAUGGGGACUUCUCAUGUGGCUCAAGACCCAAAAGGCAAAGUCUCCAGUAGCUGUGCCACCACCGGUGCUGUUGGUAAUGGUGGUGGAGGAGAAGGGGCUGCUGUAACAGAAUCAGAAGGUGUCACUGUAAAACUAGCCAACAUAGGUAGCAGGAUUCUUGUUUUCGUAAGAGUAAGACCAUUGAGCAAGAAAGAAAAGGAAGCUGGAUCAAGAUCUUGUGUACGCAUUGUGAAUCAAAAAGAAGUUUACUUGACAGAAUUUGCAAAUGAGAAUGAUUAUCUAAGGCUUAAAAGACUUCGUGGUCGCCAUUUCACCUUCGAUGCCUCAUUCCCAGAUUCAUCUUCCCAACAUGAAGUUUAUUCCACUUCAACAUCAGAGCUUGUUGAAGCAGUUUUGCAAGGAAGAAAUGGUUCAGUUUUCUGCUAUGGUGCAACGGGUGCUGGUAAAACAUUCACAAUGUUAGGCACAGCUGAAAAUCCAGGUGUAAUGGUUUUGGCCAUAAAAGAUCUUUUUUAUAAAGUUAGACAAAGGAGUUGCGAUGGAAACCAUGUUGUUCAUUUGUCAUAUUUGGAGGUUUAUAAUGAAACUGUGAGAGAUUUGCUUUCCCCUGGACGCCCUUUGGUUCUUAGAGAAGAUAAACAGGGGAUCAUGGCAGCAGGACUCACUCAGUAUCGAGCUUAUUCUACUGACGAGGUGAUGGUGUUGCUUCAACAAGGAAACCGUAAUCGGACUACAGAACCAACUCGAGCCAAUGAAACAUCUUCUCGUUCUCAUGCGAUUCUUCAGGUAAUGGUUGAAUAUCGAGUGAAAGAUGAAUCAAAGAAUGUUGUAAACAGAGUGGGGAAGUUGUCACUUAUUGACUUAGCAGGGUCAGAGAGGGCUCUAGCAACGGAUCAAAGAACACUAAGAUCACUUGAGGGUGCGAAUAUAAACAGAUCAUUACUUGCUCUUAGUAGUUGCAUUAAUGCUCUUGUUGAAGGAAAGAAGCAUGUUCCUUAUAGGAACUCAAAGCUCACUCAAUUGCUUAAAGACUCUCUUGGUGGUGCUUGUAAUACGAUCAUGAUUGCAAAUAUUAGCCCUAGUAAUCUUUCGUUUGGUGAAACUCAGAAUACUCUCCAUUGGGCUGAUAGAGCUAAGGAGAUUCGUACUAAGGCAUACGAAGCGAAUGAAGAAACUACCCAAAUACCUAAUUCAGAAACAGAUCAGGCAAAACUCCUCCUGGAAUUACAAAAGGAUAAUCGCGAUUUAAGAGCACAAUUAGCAAAACAGCAACAAAAGCUCUUAAUGGUUCAAGCACAAUCGUUAGCAGCUGCAUCUCCUACGCCUUCCACAAUAUCAUCGAUCUUAACAACGCCUCCGACUUCUUGUAGACAAAAACAACGAAGAACAACAAGACCAUCGUUCUUAACCACCAACUGUUUCACACCAGAAUCAAAGAAAAAAGCAGCAGCCCCCCAAGAAAACGUUCAAGAACUUAAACAAACUAUCAAAAUGUUAGAGGCGGCUAUGGAGAAGAUGAAGAAAGAUUACGGGUUGCAGAUAAAGCAAAAAGACGAUUUGAUUCGUGAGAUUUCACAGAAGGUUAGAAACAGAGUCGCGCCUAAAGAGGCGGCGGCGGCGGUGAUGGGGGAACUGAAGAGCCCUAGUGGUCGGUUUUGUUCUCCGGCGACAAGAGAUAAAAAACGAAGCUUUUGGGAUAUAACAACGGCUAAUAGUCCAUCGGUUGUUACGUUAAAUGGGAGGAAAACUCGGAGUCAUAUUGUUAAAGAGCCUGUUGCUGCUCCUCCUGCUCCCUCCAUGCUUCUUCAGCCAGGUUUUGCUCGUAAGAAACCCGAAUCUUUUAGGCUGUGAAAGAAAUAUAGAAGUCGAGCUCGAACAAGAACAUAGAGAAUUGCUUAGUUAGAGAGAUUGGAAACUGAAUUGUUGAUGAUUUAUGUCGAAUAAAGGUCUCUUGGAUUAUAUAGGUUAACUGAAUUGUUGAUGUUUGGUAG